GUCUUCUAAAAUAAGAACACUUGAGCUCAUAGACCCUUCUUAAUAUUACUUCAUACAUAUUCAUAGAUUUCCCAGAACGAGGCUAACAGGGCAAGCAUUUAUACCUGUAUGUAAACAUUUCAUAGAAAUAUGGCUGAAGCGUUUUCCUACAGUGAUCGAGAUCUUGAUAUUGUACCAUUAAUUACAUUCACUUUUGUUGAAAACUAUAUUAAAUGUAACAAAAAAUCUUCUGGAGAUAAAUCAAUCAACAAAGGGUUUAAAUACUACAGUGAAGGCUAUAUUCAAGACCUUAGAGGUGAGUUAAAGUAUAUAAUAUUUCCAAGCUAUUUCUCAUAUUCCCAGUUAUUAUAAAUUUGCAACUUAUACAAAUAUUAUCUGUGUUAUCAGUUUUUUAUUGCUAACCCAAAUUGUUGGUCAAGUGUAUAAGCAAUUAACUGAUAAUAGAUGUAAACAAAAGGAUGCUGAAUUCCUGUACCAUACUUCCCCUAAAUAUGUUGUUUAAGUUUUAUUAAAUAUGUUAAUUCACAUUGUAUUACAGUGUCAAAAAUUAUUGAUGGCUGUCAAGUAACUGGUAAAUGUUACAGAUCGCAAAGAAAGAAUGAGCAGCCUCAUCAAGUAAAGAUAUCAUUCAAAUCUAAAGGAGAAGAUGAAGUGUCAUUUGCUCAUUGCACUUGUCCAGUGGGCUUGACUGGAUUAUGUGGCCAUGUUGUUGGAACCCUGUACCAGCUGGCAAAUUACAAAUCAUUAGGGUAUAAGGCACUUCCAGAAGAUGUUGCCAGGACAAGCCAGCCCCAGACAUUCCAUGUACCCAGAGGAAUGAAAAUUCAAGGCAAGGCUGUACAGGACCUUGAAGUAAGAGGUUAUUCGGGAAAGGCAGCAGCAAGUAGUAGCACUUCUUCAAACAUUCCAAGAAAUAUUCAAUCAACUUUAUACAAUCCAAUCCGGGGACAAAAUAUUAACUGGAAUGAACAUGUUGAGAUAUUCUCUGCCGCUGUACCAAAUAUGCUGAUGUUACCAGCUAUGCAAGCAAAAGAUUUUGAAAUGGUAGAUACCAAAUUUGGAAAAUCGCCAAAAGGGUCUGUUUUGAGCUACCAACAAAAACUGGAUUCUGGAUAUAUUAUUAAUGUAUAUGACGGAGUUGAAUUUCCACAACUGCCAGCAUCAAAUUUUAUGCGUAAUUCAUACAAUGUUGUUCUAGACGAAAAAAAAUCAACAAGCCUCGAAAACUUGAAACUUACCAUGAACGAGUCUGCAAGAUUUGAAAAACAAACUCGAUUACAAAGUCAAACUCCGAUGUGGUUUAAGAUCAGAAAAAACAGAUUGACUGCCUCCAAAAUUGGAGGAAUUUACAAACGGAAAAAGGAGCCGUCAAGCUUGGUACAGCGGUUGAAAUCGACCCGACGUGUAACAACAGAAGCCAUGAGAAAAGGGUUAGCUUCUGAGCCAGCAGCGGCUAAUGCAUAUUCUGUACAAAAAUCAAACGUAAACAUCUACCCAUGUGGAGUUGUUGUUAAUGUUUGGGCACCUUGGUUAGCUGCAAGCCCUGAUCGCAAGGUUUACAAUACUGCAAUGACACCACCCUUUGGUCUUCUUGAAAUAAAGUGCCCACAGGUUUCUAGUGUUUUGGAGGCAUCUUAUUUUGCAAAAAGAUGCAACAGGGGCAUUAAGAUUAAAUAA